AUGGCGCCUCCGACGGACCGACAAGAAAUUCUAGCCAACCUCCGAGCGCAGAUCGCUGAGGGCAAACCCAUUGUCGGUGCUGGCGCCGGUAUUGGUCUUUCUGCCAAGUUCAUCGAGGCUGGCGGCGGCGAUUUGGUCAUCAUCUACAACAGUGGCCGCUUCCGCAUGGCAGGCCGUGGCUCGCUUUCAGGAUUGAUGCCAUACGGCAAUGCGAACGAUGUUGUCCUUGAUAUGGCCAAGGAAGUUCUUCCAGUUGUCAACCACACACCCGUCAUUGCCGGAGUUUGUGGCACGGAUCCCUUCCUCAACACCAACCACUUUCUCUCCCAGCUGCGAGACCUCGGCUUCGCAGGCGUGCAAAACUUUCCCACUGUUGGCCUCAUUGACGGCCAGUUUCGCGCCAAUCUAGAAGAAACAGGCAUGUCAUAUGACCUCGAGGUGGACAUGAUUCGCGCGGCUCAUGAGAUGGACCUGCUCACCACGCCAUACGUCUUUAAUGUCGAAGAGGCACAGAAGAUGGCGACAGCCGGCGCUGACAUUCUCGUCGCGCACAUGGGCCUCACGACCAGCGGCUCCAUCGGCGCCGCUUCCGGCAAGACGCUCGACGAGAGCAUCAGGCUCAUCCAGCAGAUCCGAGAUGCGGCCGUCGCCAUCAGCCCGGACAUCCUAGUGCUCUGUCACGGAGGACCGAUCGCGGCUCCGGAGGAUGCUUCCUAUGUGCUGGGCAGAACCAGGGGUGUGCAUGGCUUUUAUGGUGCGAGCUCCAUGGAGCGACUGCCCGUCGAAGAGGCAAUUACAAAUAUCACAAAAAGCUUCAAGGGACUGAGGCCAAGUGCCGCGUAG